AUAUUCCCUCCCCCGGCCCCGGCCCCCGCCCCGCUUGUCCGCUCUGUGUCCGCUUCUGAUCUUUUUUCCCACUACAACUAACUGCGUUUCAGACAAUCCUCCAUUGCUGCCAAAAUAAAAUAAAAUAAAAUAAAAAGACAAUCCUCCAUUGUGUUCCACACAUGCACGUGUGCUCCUCGUUGUGAAAAUGACGAAAUCACCACCGUCCAACCACCACGCCUGAACCAACGAACCCCCCGAGCUCACUCAUCAUUGCCGUCCAUCGCACCUAAAACCCCCCCCCCCCCCACCGUUUUUGUCACUUUCGUGGAAUGUAUGAGGAAGACAAUGGCAAGCACUGAGUCGACUCGCUGCUGAGUUCGUGUCCUUCGGGACUCGGAUCGGUGGCGAGUCCCUCGAGGGCAAGUUGGAGAGGAUUAACAAAAUUCCCGACUUUCGUGUUAUCGAACAUGACGGCUAUGAUUUCCAGGUCCAGCCUUUUCAGCCGUCGGACCUUCCGGCAAGGAGCGAUCUCGGCGAUUGGAUCUGUUAAGAUCAAGCUGUUGCUAUCUUGUUGUAUCGUCUUCGUUGUGAUUGCGUUCGCCAGCCGUGCGGCGUCGUUUAUGGGAUGGAAACAGAGCCACACGGCUCAUCUCGGUCAUCCUUCCCUUCCGAGGAAAGGAUAUGCUUUGUUGAUUAAUACAUGGAAGAGAAAUGAUCUCUUGAAACAAUCCAUUUCUCAUUAUGCAUCAUGUCCUGGGCUUACUUCUAUACACAUAGUCUGGAGCGAGCCUGAUCCUCCCUCCGUUUCUCUUAUUAAAUAUUUAAACCAUGUCAUAGAAUCAAACUCCAGAGAUGGUCAACAAAUUGAACUGAAAUUUGACAUCAAUAGGGAAGACAGUUUGAACAAUAGGUUCAAAGAGAUCAAGAAUUUGAAGACAGAUGCUCUAUUUUCGAUUGAUGAUGAUGUCAUAUUCCCAUGCUCAUCAGUUGAAUUGGCUUUUAGCAUUUGGCAAAGUGCACCUGAUACAAUGGUGGGGUUUGUACCACGUAUGCAUUGGGUUGACAGAUCGAAAGGCAACUCUGACCAAUUCACUUAUGGAGGAUGGUGGUCUGUUUGGUGGAUUGGAACAUACAGUAUGGUUCUUUCGAAAGCGGCCUUCUUCCACCAGAAGUAUCUUAGUUUGUAUACUUAUCAAAUGCCUGCAUCGAUUCGAGAAUAUGUGACCACAAACAGGAAUUGUGAAGAUAUCGCAAUGUCUUUCUUAGUUGCAAAUGCUACUGGUGUUCCCCCAAUAUGGGUAAGAGGCAAGAUAUAUGAGAUUGGUUCCACAGGGAUCAGUAGUUUGGGAGGUCACAGCAAUAGGAGGACAGAAUGUGUUAAUAGGUUUGUAGCUGAAUAUGGGCACAUGCCCUUAGUACCAACUUCAGUGAAAGCUGUUGAUAGUCGAAGCAGUUGGUUUUGGUGAUGGAGUUGGCAAUGUUAGUGAUGAUGGCUUCGUUCCUUUUAUUUUCUAUCUUGUGUGGUUCUUUGCCACAUAAUCAUCUUCCUAAGUCAAUUGUUGUAAGCGUCUUUUUGUAAUAGUAUCCACUUUCCACAUGGUUACCAAAUGUAGAAGGAAAAUUUUAGUUUAGCAACAUUCUUUUAGGACUUAGGUCAGAAAUCAUCCUUGUGAAAGAGCCAGAGGGGAAGUACAUUAUCUCCCCAGUAUAGUUGCCUUAUUAAUUAUGGAGGGGUUUUCUUGUAUCUUAACCCCUCGAAGUUAAAUUGAUACUCUAAUUAUGGAGGGGUUUUCUUGUAUCUUAACCCCUCAAAGUUAAAUUGAAACAGUGUAUCGACAUUGGCUCAGUAAAAUGCUGCUUUAUUUGCCUA